AAAAAAAAAAAAAACGAAGUUCAAUGCGGAAAAACCAUGAAAACCUUGUUUCCCGCUUCUGGUGUGCGACUGAGAACGAAGAGAAGAACUGAAGCUCUCAUUUACUCGGCCGAUUGUUCAGUCCGUUGUCGUGGGUGCAGAUCGUUUCUCGCUGGGUUGGGCAUCUGGUUUGGGUGAGUUAGCUUCAGGCCGGUCUGCGUUGGGUGGGUUAAGUUCGGGCCGGUCUGCGUUGGGUGGGCUGAGUUUGGGUCAGAUCCGUGGGCCAUCACCUCGGGUCAGAUUCGUGGGCCAGCUUUUCGGGUCAACGACAGUGGGUCAGCGACGUGGGUUGGCAUUUCGUGGGUGGGUCUACGUUUCGUGGGUCAUCUUCGCACUUCACCGUCGGCACCACCACGGCCAGCAAAACGCAAGUUAUCCAUUUCAACCUGGGAUGGGACCGGCAAGGCCAUUUAUCACUACUAGCUCUGCGAGCAGCGCAAGAUUUGAUGAAGAAGAUAGAACCGAUUGUUUGGAAAUUGAAGCAGCAUGUACUGCAGAUAGAGUUGAUGAAGAAUUUCGGUUUGAUAGAGCAGAUGAUGUUGUAACUCAACCUGUUUCCCCCGGUAUACCACAUGUAGUCACAUCGUCGGAUGGGGGUGAUGAUAUCAUUGAGGAGCCAAAGUCAGGGAUGGAGUUCAAUACGUUUGAAGAACUGUUGAGCUAUUAUAAGCAGUAUGCAAAAAGAUGUGGGUUUGGGGUGAUGACACAAAGGAGUGAGAGGACUGAUGAUCAAAGUGUCAGAUAUGUCACCAUUGGUUGUGCACGGGGAGGGAAGGCCCGGAUUAAGAGUUCCAAUCCGGCAAACCCACGUCCGACGGGCAAGACGGACUGUAAGGCCCGGAUUAAUGCACUAAGAAUUGAGGGAAAGAUGCGGUUGACAACAGUGAAUAACGCACAUAACCAUGUAAUCUGUAACAGCCCGCUAGAAAUUCAAUUGUGGAAUUUCUUUUGACUUUAAUAACCUCGUGAAAACUCCGUAAGUUUACACGAAUCGACUAAUCGCAUAGGUUU